ACUUCACAUACUUGACGACGACUUUUGUCGGCGCACGCGCCCUCAAACCCCUCACCUAUCUUUACGACAACUCCAACCUCCAAGUGCCGCCACCAUGGAGGCCUCACGGGGACCCCCUCGGGUCAAGAACAAGGCCGCAGCACCCAUCCAAAUCAGCGCCGAACAGCUUUUGCGCGAAGCCGUCGACCGACAAGAACCAGGCCUGCAAGCGCCGACACAGCGGUUCGCCGAUCUCGAGGAGCUCCAUGAGUACCAAGGGCGAAAGAGGAAGGAGUUUGAGGACUAUGUACGACGGAAUCGGAUAAACAUGAACAACUGGAUGCGCUAUGCACAGUUCGAGUUGGAGCAAAAGGAGUUUCGAAGAGCCAGAUCUAUCUUUGAGCGCGCGCUGGAUGUGGACUAUACGUCGGUGGUGCUAUGGGUUCGGUACAUCGAGAGCGAAAUGAAGGAGAGGAACAUUGCGCAUGCCAGGAACGUACUUGAUCGCGCUGUGUCUUACCUCCCGCGGGUAGACAAGCUAUGGUACAAGUAUGUCUACAUGGAGGAGACCUUGGGCAAUGUUGCUGGAUGCCGCCAGGUAUUUGAGCGAUGGAUGUCCUGGGAGCCUGAGCCAGCAGCAUGGUCUGCUUAUAUCAAGCUGGAGAGGAGGUACAACGAGGUUGAGAGAGCCCGGCAGCUAUUCCAGAGAUUCACCACCGUUCAUCCGGAGCCGCAGAAUUGGAUCAAGUGGGCGCGUUUCGAGCAAGAGAAUGGCACUAGUGAUCUGGUUCGGGAGGUGUAUGGCAUGGCUAUCGAGACGCUUGGAGACGACUUUAUGGACGAGAAACUCUUCAUGAGCUACGCCAAAUUCGAGGCUAGUUUGAAGGAACUGGAACGAGCACGGGCAAUCUACAAAUUCGCUCUCGACCGAAUGCCCCGUUCCAAAUCAGUCAAUCUACACAAGGCCUACACCACAUUUGAGAAGCAGUUUGGCGAUCGGGAGGGGGUGGAGGAUGUCAUUCUGUCAAAGCGGAGGGUGCAGUACGAGGAACAAGUCAAAGAGAACGGCAAAAACUAUGACGCGUGGAUUGAUUAUGCACGUUUGGAAGAGACUGCAGGGAACGUGGACCGGGUUCGGGACGUCUACGAACGGGCCAUUGCACAAAUUCCGCCCACCCAAGAGAAGCGGCACUGGAGGAGAUAUAUCUACCUAUGGCUGUUCUACGCGCUCUAUGAGGAAAUGACGAGCAAAGAUGUGGACCGAACGAGGCAAAUAUACCAGGAAUGUCUCAAGCUUCUUCCGCAUAAGAAGUUCACGUUUGCCAAGGUCUGGCUGAUGGCGGCGCAGUUCGAGAUCCGUCAAGGUCAGCUUCAAGCCGCUCGGAAGACGCUGGGAAGGGCGAUAGGGAUGUGCCCGAAGGACAAGCUUUUCAAGGGCUACAUUGAACUCGAGCUCAAGCUUUUUGAGUUUGUCAGGUGCCGGACGCUGUACGAGAAGUACAUCGAAUGGAACCCCGCGAAUUGCCAGGCAUGGAUUAAAUUUGCGGAAUUGGAGCGCGGUCUCGACGAUCUAGAAAGAACCAAGGCGAUUUUCGAACUCGCUGUGGAUCAGCCCCAGUUGGACAUGCCUGAACUGCUGUGGAAAGCAUACAUCGACUUCGAGGAGGAGGAAGGUGAGUACGACGCAACGAGGCAGCUCUACGAGCGGCUGCUGCAGAAGACCGAUCACGUCAAGGUCUGGAUCAGCUGGGCUCAGUUCGAGAUUGGGGUGCCUGAUGAUGAGGAAGAGGCGGACGAGGACGAGGAGAGGCCUGUCAGCGAGGAGGCGAAGGCGAGGGCACGGAAGAUCUUCGAGAGGGCGUACAAAAGCAUGAAGGAGAAAGACCUGAAGGAAGAGAGAGUUGCUCUUCUCAAUGCGUGGAAAUCGUUCGAGGCAACACACGGAACGGCAGCCGACCUGGAGAAGGUGGACGCGCAAAUGCCACGCAAGGUCAAGAAACGGAGGAAGCUCGACGACGACUCAUUCGAGGAGUACAUGGACUACGUGUUCCCGGCCGACGACGAGAGCGCGGCCAAGAUGUCGAAGCUGCUGCAGAUGGCGCACAAGUGGAAGCAAGAGCAGGCCGGCCAGAAUGGAGGGUCGUAGUGCUUGGCCACGGGUGCCAGGCUGGAACAUGCUGGUACGAGUCUAUUAAUCUAUGCAAUCAAUACCAUUGCCGUCAUUGCUCACGGGCUUGUUGCAAAUGUGGAUCUGUGUUGGCUUCCUUCUGGAUUGAGCAAGAUUGUCCUCGAAGGAGGCCGUGGAGGAUGCUGCGGAGGAUACUGUGGAGGAAGGCUGCCACACCCUCCC